GCGUAGCAGUUCAUCUCUCUAACAUCUCUAUCUCUAUUUCUCUGUCCCUCUCUGUACUACAAAAUAAAAUCCACAACUCCAACAAAUCGCUUCAUUUUCCUUUCCCUCCACAGAUCUCCAAAAAAUCCCCUAAUCGCAAACCCUAAUUUCUCAUCGAUCCUCACUCUCUCGUUACCGUCAACACCCACAUUCCUCACUCUAAUCCGAUUCCGAUUACCGCCGGAGGGAACGGAGCCGUCUGUCACAGCCGCUCAGACUAGGAGGAAUCGGAGGGUGAAGAGAGACGUGAUCGCUACUGACUGACGAGGCUGAAACCCUUGGCGAAGGAAGGGACUAGAAGCAUGGAUGAGUAUGAUAGUGGUGGCGGAAGUGGUGAUAAAGCUCCGGAAGCGGAGGAAGAAGGGAGUACUCCACCACUUCCUGAGAAGGUUCAAGUUGGUGGUUCACCUUUAUAUAGACUUGAUAGGAAGCUUGGGAAAGGAGGAUUUGGACAAGUCUAUGUUGGUAGACGACUAGGAGCUGGUUCCGGUGCUGUUGAGGUAGCAUUAAAAUUCGAGCAUAGAAGCAGCAAAGGGUGCAAUUAUGGACCUCCCCAUGAGUGGCAGGUUUACAAUACGUUAGGUGGUAGUCAUGGUGUUCCACGAGUACAUUACAAGGGACGGCAAGGGGACUACUAUAUUAUGGUCAUGGAUAUCCUUGGCCCUAGUCUAUGGGAUGUUUGGAAUAACAACUCACAUGCGAUGUCUACUGAAAUGGUGGCAUGCAUUGCAAUUGAGGCUAUCUCCAUAUUAGAGAAAAUGCAUUGUAAAGGAUACGUGCAUGGUGAUGUAAAACCUGAAAACUUUUUGCUUGGACCCCCGGGAACCCCUGAUGAGAAAAAGUUGUUUCUGGUUGAUCUUGGAUUAGCAACUCGUUGGCGCGAUAAUUCAACUGGCCUUCAUGUUGAUUAUGAUCAACGCCCAGAUGUUUUUAGGGGCACAGUUCGUUACGCUAGUGUGCAUGCACAUCUUGGUAGAACAGGUAGCAGGAGAGAUGAUUUGGAAUCUCUUGCUUUCACGCUUGUCUUCCUUCUUCGUGGUCGGUUGCCUUGGCAAGGAUACCAGGGAGAAAAUAAAGGAUUUCUUGUCUGCAAGAAAAAAAUGGCAACAUCUCCCGAAGCUUUGUGUUGCUUUUGUCCUGCACCUUUCCGGCAGUUUGUUGAACAUGUAGUUAAUUUGAAGUUUGAUGAAGAACCAAAUUAUGCAAAAUAUAUAUCCCUUUUUGAUGGAAUUGUGGGUCCAAAUCCUGACAUCAGGCCAAUAAAUACCGAGGGUGCGCAAAAGCUUGUAUGUCAAGUUGGACAAAAGAGAGGACGAUUGACCAUGGAAGAGGAAGACAAUGAACAGCCAAAGAAGAGGGUCCGAAUGGGAACGCCAGCAACACAGUGGAUUAGUGUUUACAAUGCUCGGAGACCAAUGAAACAAAGGUAUCAUUACAAUGUGGCCGAUGAGCGACUAUCCCAACAUAUUGAAAAAGGGAAUGAAGAUGGUUUAUUUAUCAGUAGCGUCGCUUCUUGUGCUAGUCUUUGGGCACUCAUUAUGGAUGCUGGUACUGGUUUCACAGCCCAAGUUUAUGAGCUGUCUUCCAAUUUUCUUCACAAGGAAUGGAUUAUGGAGCAGUGGGAUAAGAGUUACUACAUCAGUGCCAUAGCUGGAGCUUGUAAUGGGUCUUCAUUGGUUGUAAUGUCAAAAGGGACACAAUACAUGCAACAAUCCUAUAAAGUCAGCGACUCAUUUCCAUUUAAGUGGAUCAACAAAAAAUGGAAAGAAGGAUUCUUUGUCACUGCUAUGGCCACUGCUGGCACUAGAUGGGCGAUUGUUAUGUCUCGUGGAGUUGGAUUUACAGAGCAGGUUGUGGAACUUGAUUUCCUGUAUCCUAGUGAAGGUAUUCAUCGAAGGUGGGAAAAGAAUUACCGCAUCACCGCAACUGCUGCGACGCCUGAUCAAGCUGCAUUUAUUUUAAGUAACCCUAGAAGAAAACCACCUGAUGAAACACAAGAAACGCUUCGCACGUCUGAUUUUCCAAGUACUCAUGUUAAGGAAAAAUGGGCAAAGAACCUCUAUAUUGCAUCUAUUAGUUACGGGAGAACAGUUUCAUAAACGGCUGAUAUUUUUUGAGAUUCCUGCUGACAUCAUUUUGACCUAUUGCAAGAUCCUGCUUGCCCUCACAUCUUAGUUGGAAACCGAAGACCCUCCAUGACAAAUUUCCUGAACAAUGCAGUUCACCGUUGAUGUAUGCAGUAUGCUACACCUUUCUUUUUGGUCGCCAUCACAUAUUAUAUGAUUCAAAACCUAUGCACUGUAUUUCAAUGUUGUCAAAAAUGAGUUGUGAGCAAAAUUAAAUCUUGUGUCAAUUGGGACAACUUUUUUAUUAUGAUCUUUGUACAGUUCUAAACAGUAAUUAUUAUGUUGAAAGGCAUUAGAUACAGGUUAUGUUUUUGUUUGAUAAUGGUAUUUUGCAAAUGCAACUAUAAUUUUCCAGUGGGAACUGGUUACAAUAAGCAGGGCAACCUUGCACUUUGGACCUUUUUAUCCAUAUCUCUUCUGACUUGAAGCUACUUCUGGGCUUUUCUGCGUCUAAAUAAUUGCAUUCUAUUUGUGAAGAUAUUGAUUCUGAAAAGUUCAUUUUUAUUGUGACAUAUUUUACUUCCAGUAUCCUAAGUCUCUGCAUGAUGGACAUCUCCUUGUGAUUCAUUCUACUUGAGUGGGUGCUUAUUUUGUAUGAUUAUUUUUCUAACAUCAAACACUGCAAGAUGCACUGCUGAUACUUGUGAGAAAUUGGGCACGUCUUUGAAGCUCAUCUUUGGGGAUAAUUGGUGUACCUCUUCACUGUUGAGGGUUACUAGCACUUCGAAACAGGUAUUAAAUUUUGCAUAUAUUUUUAUUCAAUUUGGGCAUUCUAUGAUAUUAAUUGACGGUGAUUAUAUGAUAUUCAAUUAUAAUAUUACUAGACGUGUUAUUACUUAUUAUAUUAUUUCUUAUUAGAUUAGAUUAGAUAUCUUAUUAAAUAUUAUGCAGCCUGGGAUUUGGGAUGGAUAUAUGUCUUGUAUGGAUGAAACAUGUGAUGUUUGUAUGGCCUGAUGGCAUGUGAGUUGUUCCUAAUGUUUUGGCUGUUACUGAUGUACAAUUCCUUGUAUCAAAUCAGAUAUUCAGGUUGUGUGGGUGCUUGUGCUUCAUUUAACAUCAGCCACUGCUGACUGUGUAACAAGUUGAUGUUUCUUGUUAUUCAAAAUGCCAUGGUUAUGGCGAUGAAGCAACCCAAAUGUCAAAUGGGGAAAGCUGUUUAAGGCUCUGGUUAUUUUGGCAAGAUCUUUUAUGAACUGGUUAGGAGAAAUUCUACAGGAUGAUUGCAUCCCAUUAAUCCCUUGUUAUAUCCAUCAACCAUCCUCCCUCUUUUUAUUCUUCUGCUUCCUCCAUUUCACAUCAAUUGCUUUACCUUUGCAGUCAAUUUUGUAAGGUUGGGUUUUAAAUAUAUCACAUUGUUCCUCAAUUGAAGAGCAGGGUUUGUUUUAGGACAAGAUGGUAGAAAACAAAAUGAGCCGUAGUUCA